AUGGCCGUCGUGCUUGGGAGCUUCGAGAUGCCGUCCCUGCGCGAGAUCAUGAUGAACAGGGCGAAGGAGCCUGCCAAGGUGCAUCCCAUGGAUCGUGCACCUCCCUCUCCCCAGACAGCACCAGAGUCGCCGGCUGCUCGAUGUGGCUCUCCACUUGUACAGGCAGAGGUGGGCACACCGCAGCGCAGCGGCUACGGGCGGCCUCCCAGGCCUAAGCCGACACCAGGGCAGACGCAAAGCCCCGCAAGUGCUGGCUCCGCGCACCCUCGGAGGCCCAGUGAAGAGAGGAGGCCGCGACCGAGGUCCUUGGCACGCGACGGUGCAGGCCGGAGAGCUCCAAGUGAGCCCCCACGAGGCAACGAAGACGAGGAUUCUGUGCCCUCCAGAGCCGGCCGAGGUGCUCCUGGGGCUGCGCGAGCCAAGGCUCGCUCCUUGACGCCCAACAGGGCACCAGAGAAGAUUCGGAUAGGUGAUGCGGCUCCUCCCAUAGAUCGCAAGGAUGUGGGCAAGGUUCCUGCAUACUUGAAGAGACGUCAGGAGGAGCUCGCAGAGGAGAAGAGACGGGCUGCACGCCCCGUCUCACCACAGCCUCCGCCAGGCUACAGAAAAGUAGAUGAGGAUGAGCGGCAAGAAACGCUGGACGUCUUAAGGCAGCGAAAGGUUGAAGUGGAGAGAGCGCAAAUGAGUUUGCCCUUCAAGAUAGAAACGAUCGGCCAGAAGCAGCGUGAGAAGGACCUCAACGACCGCUUGGUUCACAUAGAGAAGCUGUCAGGAAUGUUCUCCAAACCUGUGGUCUUUGUUCCGGCUGAUGCUGGGCCGAUAGCCGCUUCGCUGCCCUCACUAGGUGCCGACAAGGAGCGUAAGGCUCUUGAGGUCCUGCCAUCAAAUGAUCAGCGCAGCGACAAGCAUCCAAGACCUGGAAUUGUCGUAAAGCAGGCUCCGGGCGGCCAGUCCAACUUGGUUCUCGGCUGA